AUGUCUGUGUGCGCGACAAUGGUUGGUGCCUUGAUCCUUUUGGCAAGCAUCGUAGUUCGCGUCUCGACCGUCACCCUUCCACCGCCGUAUACGGAACAAUGCCUGGCAGGCGAAAGACUCAAUCCAGUGGAACCGGUGCCAACCUACGUCAUCAAUCUGAAUGAAAAACCGGCAAAGCGGUGGGCCAGGUUGGCUUCCGAUUAUUCUCAAAAAAUCAUCGACAUGCUUGUGGUCAAAAACAUCACUUACCCCCUGUUUCAUGGAAAGGUGAUAAAGUUCGUCGACUCUGAAAUGAGUAAAAUGAACUACUACCUGCCGCAACCGUACCAGGACGAAAUCCAAGGCAUCGCGACUGUCCUGAAAAUCCCCGUUGGUCAAAUCGUUAUAAACUUGGACUUUGGCCUGCUCCUUGGCUGGAGUCCCGAACAACACGACUGGCUUUUGACAAAUACGCUGAGACCUUUGGUAGUAAACAUCGACUGGCAAGUGAAUGGUCGCGUUAUUUUUAAGUCGACGAAUUUCGCCGGGUUCAUUGGUGUUUUGAACGGUGUGAAACCGAAAGCUUUCAGUUUAUCGGCCAACGAGCGUUUCGACUGGAACGGCGGCUACCUCGGCGUAAUGGAGUGGCUGAUGCGCUUAGAGGACAAUAAGUGGAUGUUCUGGAUCACCAGGGAAAUCAUGGAAAAGGCGGGCAGCUACCAAGAGGCGGUGACGGUAUUGAAGAAGGUCAGACUAAUGGCUCCGAUAUACUUCAUCGUUGGAGGAGCUGCAUCAGGUAACAAAAUUUGUAUUAAACGUGCUGGUGUUGCCCAACGUAUCUAA